ACCUCAAUCUGCUUCGAUUCUCGAGGUCUUAUAACAAGUAUAUAAACCACCUUAGCCCCAACCCAAAAUCACAAUCUCCCUUGUUCUCAUCCCAGCUAACUCCUUUUCAACUCUCUGACUUGUUAAGAUCAUGAGCAGGCCAGGAGAUUGGAAUUGCAGGUCAUGCGGCCACUUAAACUUUCAAAGAAGGGACUCAUGUCGAAGCUGUGGAGAGCCAAGGCCAGCUGAUUAUGGAAAUUUUGGUGGAAGGGGUGGAAGCUCCACUUUUGGAUUCAGUAGUGGCCCUGAUGUUCGGCCUGGUGACUGGUACUGCACCGUCGCCACCUGCGGCGCCCACAACUUCGCCAAUCGCUCGAGCUGCUUCAAGUGUGGAACUUCCAAGGAUGAUUCCGCCGGAUUGGUUGAGGGGGACAUGCCUCGAAUGAGCCAUAGCUUUGGCUUCGCUAGUGGCAGCAGCUCUAGUCGCUCUGGAUGGAAAUCCGGCGACUGGAUUUGUACCAGGUCUGGUUGCAAUUGGCACAACUUUGCAAGUCGCAUGGAAUGUUUCAGAUGCAAUGCUCCAAGGGAUUCUGGCACCAAGUUUUCGCAUUAAUCAAAUAGCAAUAAAACCAUGUGUACCAAAUUUUGGGUACUUAAUUUGAUACUCAAAUGAUAUAUCAUUAUAUGAUUAGAUGGUUUUGAAUUGAAGAUAAAGUAAUAUUCAAUCAUAUAAUGAUAAAUCAUUUAAAUAUCUAUUUGAAUACUCAAAAUCGAGUAUACAUAAUAUUGUUUAUCAAAUAGUUAUUAAAUAUUCAAGUAAAGGGUUUGCUAUUUUAUUAGUAUUGGAUUAUAUAAUCAUAAUGAAACAAAUUAAGAGGAUGGCUAUGGCAUCGGAGAAUUCAGCCAACUUUUUGCUUCCAAUCUACAUAUCUAUUUAUUUCUUUAUCCUAUAGAUGCAAGGGUUUUCUUCUGGUAGCUAGGGCAGUUUGUGAGGUUGAUAUCUAUUAGCUAUUGUCUUUUUUGUAAUGGUUUAAUUGGAUUUGAAGCUUCUUUUAAGAA